AUGCAACAGGACGGAUACGUUCAGCAGCAACAACAGUCGUACCGGGACAUCCGCCCUCAACAACAGCAACAGCAACAGCACAGUCACGCUUCUUCGGGGCAAAGCAGGAGCAGGACCGCGAACUCUACUUCGACGCCGAAUCAAUGCGCAAAUUGUGGUACCCUGUCAACGCCGUUAUGGAGGAGAGGAUCUAAUGGGGAGACAAUAUGCAAUGCUUGUGGUCUCUACUUGAAAGCUCGUCACACAUAUCGCCCGCAACACAUGAAGAAGCGAAGGCUUUCCAGCAACAACAGCAGUACAAGCAUUGUAGGCGAAGAAUCUCGACAACCUCAGAGUGGCCAGCGCAUAUUGCAGCAGAAGCAUAGUCGAUCACCGGGAACUACAGUAAACCCACCACCGGAAGUGCACUGCAUCAACUGCGACACGACCUCCACUCCUUUAUGGCGUCGAGACGACAAAGGCAACGCGAUAUGCAAUGCGUGUGGGCUGUACUAUAGGUUACACAACACCAACCGGCCUGUGACGAUGAGCAGGGCGGUGAUCAAGAGAAGGAAGAGG